CACCCCUAAGCAUCAUGGCCGCUCCCAGUCCAAUGGAGCCGUCGAAAAUGUCAUUAGUCGGUUAAAACACGAUCAAAUAGUGCCUAAAUAUUAUCCAUUUUCGCGUAACACAUAAAUAUUGUAUACGCGAUUCAAAUCUAUUUUGUGUUUUUUGUGUUUGUCAUUUUGAAAAUGAUUUUCGUGUGAUUUCUUCUUAAUUCGUAUGCGAAUGUCCCUCCUACGCUAUAUAUCUUUUAUAAACAAUAACCAGUGUUUUGUUAAAACAUUAUUUAAAAUAAUACUCACAUUGCAUUAUCAGGACAUGUUACAAUGAUGCCGAUAAAGGAUAAUCAGGAUGUGGCAUGUUUUCUGGUCACCAAACACUCAUGGAAAGGAAAGUAUAAGCGUAUCUUCUCAAUUGGAUCUAUGGGUAUAACAACAUAUAAUCCAACUACAUUAGAAGUCACAAACAAAUGGGAAUAUUCAGAUUUUAUAAGUGUACAACCAACUAACAGAAAUCAAUUAGGUUUGCAUGAAUUUAGUAUAACAAUGCGCAAAGAACGUAAAGUUGACAAUAUGAAAUUUAGUUCAGAAUAUAGAGCACAUUUAUUAACUGAAGCUCUCAAAUAUAGAAAUCAAUUUGCUGAAAAACCUAAAGAAAUUUUGAGAUAUCAAGCUUAUAAACAUCAUUGGUCUGACACAAGAUUGCCUGUCGUAUUAGAAGUGACACCAUAUAGUCUUGAUCAAUUAGAUCCAGCAACCAAUAUGGUAUUAGCCAGUUAUUGUUAUAAAGAUUUUGAAGGAAUUCUUACAAUAAAAGAUUAUCCUAAUGGCUUUGUAAUUGUUUGUGGUGGAUUUGGACGUUUACAUCUUUUUGCUUCUCAACAUAUGGAAGAAAUUAAAAAAAAGCUGCUGGAAUCAGCUAUGAACAAUUUAGGUAUCAACAUAAAAGUCUUGAAAGAACCAAUCAAAUUAGAUGAUUUUAUUGCUCAGAGAUUGGGUAAAUUUAGUGGUGAUGAACAUAUAACAAGUGUAUCAGAAUUUACUGUUCACAAAUAUUCACCUAGACAUAUAGAUCCUCAAAGAAGAACUCUUUGUCUCUCUGAUACUUGUUUAUUAGAAAGAGAUCCUCAGACAUAUAAUAUUUGUACUCUUAGACCUUUAUCAGAUAUUUUCACAUUGAUUCGUGAUAAUGAAAAUCCACAAUUAUUUACUAUUCAAUAUCUUAAUGGUCAAGUGCGCAGUUAUACUGCAACAGAUAGAGAUUCUUUAUUAGCUUCUUUAUUAGAUGGAGUUAGAGCAUCUGGUAAUAGAGAUGUUCAUGUCAGAAUGUAUGCAAUACCUAGAGGGAAAAGACUUGGACCUCUUAAUUUACCUGUUGAUGAAGAAGUUGAAACAACUCAUGUUAAGUUUCUUCAGCAACCACCAAAUGGGCGUAGUUUUGCUGAAAUUUUGGAAAGAUUUAAUGCCAACAUUCCUUAUAGUGGUCUUAAUUACUCUGUUACACAAGAUGGUCUUUUUACUGAAAAUAAAGAUAAAAUUAUUCUUGGUGCUCUAAAUGCAUUGGUUAAUAAAGAUUUAGAAACGAAUAGUGAAAUAGAAGCACAAUUUCAUGCUUUAAGAAGAUUGGUAGCUAGUAAAAUUGGUUUUACUGCAUUUACAACUCUUCUUGGAUUUAGAGAAGCUAUUGGACAUAAGGUUGUAAAAGCUUUGAAAAGGCAAGAUUAUGGUGUAACACAAGCUGCUAUAGAUUGCAUUUGUGCUCUGAUGCAACCAAUGCAUGAUGAUUGUGAUUUAAGACAAGAGCAAUUAAAUAAAAGUAGUCUCCUUAGUAGUAAUAAAUUUUUGGAAAAUUUACUUGAUAUGUGGGUUAAUCAUAUAAAUCAUGGUACAGGUGCUUUGGUAGUUUCUGCCAUGCUUGAUCUUUUAACUUUUGCUUUAUGUGUGCCGUAUAGUGAAACGACCGAUGGCAAACAUUUCGAUAAUCUUCUAGAAAUGGUUGCUGCAAGAGGAAGAUCUCUUUUUAAAUUAUUCCAACAUCCAUCAUUAGCUAUCGUUAAAGGCGCUGGAUUAAUAAUGAGAGCGAUUAUCGAAGAAGGUGCACCGGAAGUUGCUGCAAAAAUGCAAGAACUUGCUCUUGCUGAAGGAGCAUUACCAAGACAUCUAUUAAAUAGUCUUUUUACUAUUGGUACUGAUGGCAGAUUAUUAACACAUAGACAAUUGUGUAGACAUCUUGUAGGACUUUGGGUUACAGGACAUCCUACAGCUAUGGGAUUAUUAAAAAGAAUUAUGCCUGUUGGUUUAUUAAAUUACUUAGACUCCGAUGAAAAAGUACCAGAUUCAUUUCUUGAGAAAGAACGAUUAAACAAUCGCGACAAUUUAAAGAUAGCUAUAGAUCAUGCAUCGAAAAAUAAAAAAAGUCCGCAAUGGAUUGCGAUCGAACGGCAAAUGCGUGUAGUUGAAAAACACGUAGAACAUGCUCUUCAACAUUGGGGUGCUAGGAUUGGAAUCGAGCGCAAAGAGAAAAUCAAAGAACGUCCGAUAGUAUUAAGAAAACGUAGAGAAAGAAUUAAAUCGGAAGCAAAUUGGAAUUUGUUUUAUUAUAAAUUCAAUCAAGAUCAUUCACUGCCAAACUUAAUUUGGAAUCAUAAAACACGCGAAGAAUUAAGAACUGCACUCGAGAAUGAAAUACGCGCAUUCAGUUCUGAUAAAGAUUUGGCAGGAGGAACUCUAAUUGCUUGGAAUCAUAGAGAAUUUGAAGUACAGUAUCAGUGCCUGUCAGAUGAAGUGAAAAUCGGUGAUUAUUACUUGAGACUUUUGUUGGAAAAAGACAGCCCCGACAGUCCAAUAAGAAAAUCGUAUGAAUUUUUUAACGAUUUAUAUCAUAGAUUCAUACUAACAACAAAAGUUGAAAUGAAGUGCCUUUGCUUGCAAGCAAUGACUAUAGUAUAUGAGCGAUACUACGAAGAUAUUGGUCCAUUUUCAGAUACAAAAUAUAUAGUAGGAAUGCUGGAACGUUGUACAGAUAGAAUGGAACGUGAUAGAUUAGUCAUGUUCAUAAAUAAACUUAUAUUACAUAGAAGAAAUGUAAAAGAUAUAAUGGAUCAAAAUGGAGUACGCACAUUAGUUGAUCUUUUGACUUUGGCUCAUUUACAUACAUCUAGAGCGGUUGUACCUACACAAACUAAUGUAAUAGAAGCAGGACCACAACAACAACAAGUUAUGGAAAAAGAAUGGUAUUAUAAUGAUGGAGAUCAACGUAAAGGUCCUAUAAGUUUAAAAGAAUUAAAGGAAUUAUAUUUAACAAAUCAGAUUAUAUAUAAAACAAAAGUUUGGGCACAAGGAUUAGAUGGAUGGCGUAUGAUUUCGCAAGUACCACAAUUAAAAUGGACAUUAGUUGCAAAAGGAACACCAGUAAUAAAUGAAAGUGAACUAGCAACAUUGAUUUUAAAUAUUUUAAUCAAAAUGUGCGAAUAUUUUCCAAGUAGAGAUGUCGAUGACGCGGUAAUUAGGCCUCUACCGCGUAUGAAACGGUUAUUAUCUGAUCUUCAGUGCCUACCUCAUAUUGUUCAACUUUUAUUAACGUUUGACCCGGUUUUAGUUGAAAAAGUAGCUACUUUAUUAUGUGAAAUAAUGCGAGAUAAUGCAGAUGUCUCAAAAAUUUAUCUUACUGGAGUCUUCUACUUCAUAUUAAUGUAUACUGGUUCAAACGUUUUACCAAUAGCGAGAUUUUUGCAAUUGACUCACACAAAACAAGCUUUUAGAAGUGAUGAUAAUGCAUCAUCAGACAUCAUGCAACGAAGCAUUCUUGGACAACUUUUACCCGAUGCAAUGGUUAGCUAUUUAGAAAAUCAUGGUGCGGAAAAAUUUGCGCAAAUAUUUCUUGGUGAUUAUGAUACACCAGAAGCAAUAUGGAAUGCUGAAAUGAGAAGAAUGCUUAUAGAAAAAAUAGCGACUCAUAUUGCAGAUUUUUCACCGAAAUUAAGAAGUCAUACUAUGGCUAGAUAUCAAUACAUUGCUAUACCUGCUAUAAGAUAUCCACAAUUAGAGAAGGAAUUAUUCUGUCAAAUAUUCUAUCUGAGACAUCUUUGUGAUACUAUAAAAUUUCCACAGUGGCCUAUUCCUGAACCUGUACGUUUAUUGAAAGAUGUAUUAGAUGCAUGGAAAAAAGAAGUAGAAAAAAAACCACCAUUGAUGACAGUAGAUGAAGCUUAUAAAGUUCUUCAAUUAAAUAGUGGAAAACAACAUAAUGAAGCUGAAGUGAGAAAGUCAUACUAUAAACUUGCACAAAUGUAUCAUCCUGAUAAAAAUCCACAAGGCAGAGAUAAAUUCGAGGCAGUUAAUCAGGCAUAUGAAUUUUUAUGUAGUCGAAGUUGUUGGUCAACUGAUGGUCCAAAUCCUGAUAACAUAGUGCUUAUUUUAAGAACACAGAGCAUUCUUUUUCAUAGAUAUUCCGAUGAACUUAGACCAUAUAAGUAUGCUGGUUAUCCGCAAUUAAUCAAAACAAUCAAAUUAGAAACAGACGAUGAACAAUUAUUUUCGAAGUCUGCACCAUUACUGGCUGCUGCUAGCGAACUUGCAUAUCAUACAGUACAUUGUUCUGCAUUGAAUGCGGAAGAACUUCGUAGAGAAGGAGGAUUAGAUGUUUUAUUAGAAGCUUAUACACGAUGCGUUUCUGUUUUAAAUAAAUCGAGUAAGUCUAAUGAUAUAGCAGUGCAAGUGUGCAUGCAUAUCACUAGAUGUUUCUCGGUUGCUGGAUCAUUUAGAGGUUGCAAAGACAGAAUUAUUGAAUUACCACAACUAGUUAAAGAUCUCUGUAGAAUAUUACAUUUUAAGCAUUUAACAAAAUUAUGUUCAGUGGCCACAGAAUGUGUUUCUUCUCUUGCCUCGGACAGUGUGUUACAAAUGCAAUUACUACAAUCUGGUGCACUAUGGCAUUUAUUAUUAUUUAUGUUUAAUUACGAUUACACAUUGGAAGAAGGUGGUGUUGAACGAAAUCAAGACGAAAAUCGUCAGGAAGUAGCAAAUAAUUUAGCAAAAUUAGCAGUUCGAGCGUGUGCCAGAUUAGGUGGUUACAUGAUAGGAGAAAAUGAAACACCUGUUAAUCCUGUCACUGUUGCUGCACUAGAAAUUUUAUUAACUCCUUAUUUAGCUCGUCAACUCGCAAAUGAUAAACCAGAAGAAAUAUUAAAAAUCCUGAAUUCAAAUUGUUUAAAUCCAUAUUUAAUUUGGGAUAAUGGAACAAGAGCAGAAUUGAAUGAAUACUUGGAAAAUAAACGACAAGAAAGAUUAAACGGCAAUGAUAAUUUUGAACACGAUUUUAGUGAUUUUAAAUAUAGUGUUCAUGCUGAUGAACUUAUUAUUGGAGAGAUAUUUGUAAAAGUAUAUAACGAACAACCUAACUUUCCUAUAGAGAAUCCCAAGAGUUUUACAAUUAAUUUACUUGAUUUUUUAUCUGAUUCAUCAAAUUAUUUAGCAUCAAUGAACAACAUAACAUUAGUUAAGAAAGAUCAAGAGAAAUUGGAACAUAUUGUUAUGUCUUUAGAAGCAUUAAGAAAUGUGAUUAAAAAUAAUCCAGGAAUUGAAUUACAAUGUAUAGGACAUUUCAAAUUAUUAUUUGAACUUUUAAGUUGUAAUAAUUUCAAGUUGAUUCAAAAAAGUGCACUCGAAGUUAUUAGUAAUGUUACAAAGAAUCAAGAAUGUGUAGAUGAUAUUGCGGCAAAUGAAGUUAUAGUACAUUUAUUAUUAGCUUUAAAUACUCUAAAGGAAUAUCAAUUACUUAUAUUAGAAACUUUAUAUGCCCUAAUGAGUUCUACAAAAAUUGUAAAAGAUGCAUUAUCUAAAGGAGCUGUAGUAUAUGUUCUUGACCUAUUUUGUAAUUCAAGUAAUACUCAAAUACGUGAAGCAGCUGCAGAACUACUUGGCAAAAUGUCAUCUGAUAAAUUAGCUGGACCAAAAGUAAAAUUGGAUUUGUCUAAAUUUUUGCCUAGAUUAUUUAGUGAAGCUAUUAGAGAUGCUCCAAAACAGUGUGUACAUAUGUUCGAAACAAAACAUGAAAAUCCUGAAUUAAUUUGGGAUGAUAAUGCUAAAGCUAGAGUAUCAAGGAUAGUUGGAGAAUUAAAAGACGAAUAUUACAUAUUACAAAGACGAAAUCCGAAUGCAAUAUUAAAGUUACCUGAUACUCAAAGUAAUAUUGAUAUCGCAACAAACGAACCUGCAGUCGGAGGUGUAUAUCUUAGAUUAUUUAUAUCCAGUCCUGCCUGGGCUCUUAGAAAACCUAAAGAAUUUUUAAGUGAACUUAUGGAUACUACAUUAACACUUAUGUCGAAAGAAAAAACUGAUUCAGAUAUGUUGGAAUUAACAACACAAGCAGUAGUAUGUUUACUUCAAGCACAACCAAGUUUAGCAGAUCAAGUUCCAUCAUUAGGACAUAUACCAAGACUUUGUCGACAAAUGGCAAUGCAAAAUAAUCAACCAUCCGUAUAUAAAACCGCAAUAUUAAUACUUCAUCAAUUAGCAGCAAGUGAAAUUUGUAUAUCGUCUAUUUGUCAAACAGAAUGUAUAAGUCCAUUGAAACAUGCUAUGCAAUCUAGACGAGAUAUGAUAGCGAUUGCAUGUGAAACAUUAAAUAGACUGUUUUCAACUAAUGAAGAUAGACUUAUAAAACAGGCAUUAGAUGCUGAAAUGGUACCUUAUUUGUUAAAUAUAUUAGAAGGACGAUUGGAUAUAAUUGAAAAUCCUGCAACUGCUAAAGCUCAAAUAGUCAAAGCUUUAAAAGCAAUGACUAGAAGCUUGUUGUUAGGUGAAAAAGUAAAUGCAAUACUGGAAAAAUCAAGUGUUUGGGCAGAAUACAAAGAUCAACGGCAUGAUUUAUUCAUUUCUAAUGCAACUAAUUCUGGUUAUCUUACUGCUGGAACACCUGUAUCUGCUGGCUACUUAACAGCUGGUCCCAGUACCACUUUAAGUACUGGCCCACCUCCAGUUGACAAAGAAGAUAGUUUAAUUAAUAGAAAUGAUAGUAUCUGAUAUAGGUAGCAUCUUAAUUAAAAAUAAUAAUAAUAAUAAUAGGCAAUAAGAAUGCCAUUUCUAGAAAUUCCUAUCGGUAAAAUGAUACCGAUGUAAAGACUACAUUGCCUGUGAUUUUUGGCUCCUUAAAAUAAGGAAUUUAUCAAUGGAAUAAUGUUUUUGUUGAAUUUACAUUUAUAUUAAGAUUAUCACAAUACAAUGAUACUUUUUAUUAUGCUACAUAGGCAGAUUAUAUAAUUAUGUAAGAUAUCAUUUACAGAGAUGUCAAUGUGUGGCAAAAGAUAGUAUUUAAUGAAAGUCUAUUACGAAACAAAUUUUUCUAGGAAAUGUCCCUCAAACAAAAAUCCCUGUCGAUUAUAAAGAUUUUUUUAGACAACGUUUCAUUUUGUACUUAGCAAAUCUUCCAACAUAACUUUUCUAUGUUAUUAUAAUAAAUGGACUUACAUUCCUGACAAAUGAAGGAAUAGUAUGUUCAAUGUUUAGCGUUAUUGCUAUAUCUAAGUGUGAUUAGUAUUCCUUGAAAAGAUUUUUAAUAUUUAAUAAAUAAAUACAAUAUUUAGUCUAACUUGAAAUGUUCAGUGUCUCAUGCAUCAACUAAAUUUUAUUGUUUCAGUUAUCACCAUCAUUGCAUAAAAAUGUAUAAUCUAUAUUUAUUAAUAUAUCUAAUCUAAUCGCAUUUUUCGAUAUAGCAAAAUGUUUUAAUU